GUGUUAUUCACAAAAAUUCAGUACUGUAUUCGAGGUUCAGUUUGUUUGCAGGGCAGCGAUUCCUGUCAUUGGUGGGGUCUUGGUGUCUCCUUCCUUUUUCUGUUCAUAAAACUACAGGAUUAAAGGAUUCGACGGCAGUUUGGAUCUUGUGUCAUGGCAGAAGCAGGGAGCCAACAGAACCAAUGGGAGGAAGGUUUUGAGGAUGAAUUCGGAGAAAUUAUCAAAACUCGAUCAGAUGAAAGAGAAGAUGUUCAAAAGAAAACCUUCACGAAAUGGAUAAACUCACAGUUUGCUAAGACAAGAAGACCCCCUAUCGAUGACCUCUUCACUGAUCUGUGUGAUGGCCGACGUCUUCUUGAACUCCUGGAGGGUCUGGUUGGCCAUGAAAUAGUUAAAGAACGUGGUUUCACUCGAGUGCACUCCCUCAACAAUGUUAACAGGGCCCUGCAGAUCCUUCAGAAGAAAAAGAAAUAUGUUAAAGAACGUGGUUUCACUCGAGUGCACUCCCUCAACAAUGUUAACAGGGCCCUGCAGAUCCUUCAGAAGAACAAUGUUGAGCUGGUGAACAUUGGAGGAGCUGACAUUGUAGAUGGCAAUCAUAAACUGACCCUGGGGCUCAUCUGGAGCAUCAUUCUCCACUGGCAGGUAUGA